AUGUUUAUGUCAUUGAAAGGGUCGGCGAAAAUGCCAAUACGAGCUACACAAGGUAGCGCUGGUUUUGACAUUUUUGCUAUGGAAGACGUGUAUUUAUUAAAACGAGCAACUGUUAAAGUGCCUACUGGUAUUCGAAUGCAAAUUCCUGUCGGGUAUUAUGGACAAUUGUUAUCGAGAUCAUCAUUAGCUGCUCAAAAUAUAACAGUAGAAGGUGGCGUUAUUGAUAGCGAUUAUCGCGGAGAAAUUUGUGUUUUGUUAAAGAACAAUAACGACCGUGAGUUUGUAAUUAAAACAGAUUUAGCUAUAGCUCAAAUAGUAUUUUUGCAAUGUUUUUUGCCACAACUUUUCAUUGUUGUUCCAGAAGAGGAGUUAACAAGCACAGGAAGAGGAAUUGGUGGAUUCGGUUCAACUGACUGUAUGCAAAGAAUAUAA